CGUGUGUAAUGCAAACCACCAAUUUUUCAAGGCUAAUUGUAGUCUGUAGACGUACUUCCUAAUAUGGAAUUAACAGUAAACUUCCUUGGUGUCAGUGACUCAUAAUGUUGGCCUUUUGCGCCAUAAAAAUGGUAUCAUUUCUCAUUCUACAUUAAAACUCAAUGUACAACCGCCUCUAAAAAGAUGAAAACAUUUACAAAUUCUUUUCUGUUGUCAGUUCUAUUAGUAAUCCUGAUCCACUGUAAAUGGGUAAAUUCCAACCUAGAAUCAUCGACUCAUGAACUUCUUGAAGAAGCAAGUCGACCCGAGGUAUUGGGUUGGAUGAAACGAGUCAGGAGGACGAUUCAUCAGAAUCCGGAACUGGGUUUUGAAGAGCAUCAAACGAGUCAACUCAUUCGGUCGGAACUUGACUUAAUGGGAAUUGAGUAUGCAUGGCCUGUUGCUAAGACAGGGGUAAUUGCAUCAAUUGGUUCGGGUAAGAAACCCAUCUUUGCUCUUCGGGCUGAUAUGGAUGCGCUUGCUCUUCAGGAAAGGGUGGACUGGGAAUAUAAGAGCAAAAAUGAUGGGAAAAUGCACGCUUGUGGUCAUGAUACUCAUGUGGCAAUGCUGCUUGGAGCAGCCAAGCUACUCAAGUCAAGGAAAGAUCAACUAAAGGGUACAAUCAAGUUGGUUUUCCAACCUGGUGAAGAAGGUUAUGCGGGGGCUUACCAUAUGCUCAAAGAAGGUGCUCUAGAUGAUGUUGAUGCCAUCAUAAGCCUACAUGUCUUACCAUCAUUGCCUGCGGGUAGUAUCGGUUCCAAAGCCGGUCCUGUUCUUGCUGGUACUGGGUUGUUUACUGUGACAAUUACAGGUGUAGGUGCACACGGAGCACAGCCACAUCUUAGUCGAGAUCCUAUCCUUGCAGCUUCCUCGGCAAUUGUUGCACUCCAGCAGAUCAUUUCUAGAGAAACAGAUCCUCUUGAGUCAGGAGUUGUGACUGUUGGCUACUUGAAAGGAGGCCAAGCCAAAAAUGUGAUUCCUGAGUCAGUAGAAUUCGGAGGAACGUUUAGAAGCUUGACCCCUGAAGGCCUGAGCUAUCUACGAAACAGGAUAAAGGAGAUUGUCGAGAUGCAAGCUUCUGUACAUCAGUGCCAUGGUGUUGUAGACUUCUCAGAAGACACGCCUAUGCCAUGGCCAGUGAUGAUUAACGACAAGGAACUCCAUGAGCAUGGUACACAAGUUAUCGAAGCAUUGGUUGGCAAGUCCAAGUUGGAAGUUUUCCAAUUAACCAUGGGAUCGGAGGAUUUUAGCUUCUUUUCCCAGAAAAUGCCAGCUUCUAUCUUUGUUCUCGGAAUAAAGAAUGAAACUCUAAAAUCAGAUAAGCCGUUGCACUCUCCAUACUUCUUUGUUGACGAGGAAACUUUUCCGGUUGGAGCUGCAUUUCAUGCUGCAUUUGCGAUUUCUUACUUGCAAAAGCAUGGUGGUCCUAUGGACUGCGUCUAAGUUUAAAAGCUCAUUAACAGCCUUGGUUAUCAACCUGGUAUCAUUUUAGGGCAAGAGUAGUACUGACUACUGUUGAUGAUUAGCAAUAGUCUACCAUAUGUUCUAGGAUGUUUUGGUUGAUGUUUGAUGUUUACUUAUAAGUAUAUACCAAUAGUUCAAGUGCUGAAUACUAAUUACUUACAUAUAUGAAGCUAAAUCAAGUUGGAGAAUAAUAUUUACUUGUUCUAUCUAAUGGCAUUUGUUAUAUAUUUGAUGUAUUAUCGGUAGGAUAGAAAAAAAGUUUGAUUGAUGUAUUAAUUCAUGUAAUAAUGACAUAGCACUCAUUGAAAAAUUCAACAUGUCAUGAGAUAAU